CACAUGUCUCUACACCGGAGCUGUCCGGUAGCACCGAGGAGAUUCAACUAACCUCAGCCGAGCAACCAAGACCACCGCCAACAGCCAGGUAACGGCGAGACAGAGUAAAUGCAUAAACUGCGGAGCUCCUCUGUAGCCACAUUGGCUAACGUUUUCACCAGAUUGUCCUCAAGAUUGAAGAGCACAGGAGGAAGACCUUCAGCUCCAUUGGGUUCACGGAUACUGAACAAUCACGAUGAAAUCUUUAAGCACAACAUAUGGGAUCAUAUACAAUGGACAGAAGAGGAUAAAGAAAAUGCACGACGGAAGGCAGAAGAAAAUUCCUCUAUACAAAUUCCUUUAAGGGAGCAAGGUAAAUUUGACACAGAGGCUCACCAAUACUGGGACAAGUUUUAUGAGAUGCACCAGGAUAAGUUCUUUAAAGACCGCAAGUGGCUGUUUUUAGAAUUCCCAGAGCUGCUUCCUUCAGGAAAAACAGAAACCACAAACAGGUUUGUGGGAGAUCAGCAGGCGGCACAACUUACUGGAUCCAACACGGACGCAGAGACCCGGCACCAGCAACACAACAACCCCACACACCAUCACAGGAAUACAGGCACCUGCAAUCAUCAGGAGUCCUGUCAAGGAGCAGCACUAGAAAAAGAUGAAGCUGCCAUACAGACUACUACUUUCCCUGGCCAGCAUGCAUCUUUCAGGAUUCUGGAGGUUGGAUGUGGGGUUGGUAACAGUGUUUUUCCCAUCCUUAAUACCGUAAAAGACAUGGAUGCAUUUGUAUACUGUUGUGACUUCUCCCCAUGUGCCAUUCAGCUGGUGAAGGACCAUCCAGACUACGAUGAGUCUGUGUGCCAUGCCUUUGUCCAUGACAUUUGUGAGGAGCUGGCCUCCUUUCCCUUCCCUCCUCAGAGCCUGGAUGUUAUUCUGGCAGUCUUUGUGUUCUCCUCCAUUCAUCCAGACCGACUAAAGGGAAUUGUGAACCGACUAUCCAGACACCUGAAACCUGGAGGAAUAUUCCUCUUCCGUGAUUAUGGGAGACAUGACUUAUCACAACUCCGGUUUAAGAAGGGACGGUGUUUAUCAGAGAAUUUCUACACUCGUGGAGAUGGAACCUGCGUCUACUUUUUUACUAAAGAAGAGGUUCAUGAUUUAUUUUCCAGUGCUGGACUGGAAGAAGUUCAGAAUCUGGAGGACAAGCGACUCCAAGUAAACAGAGGAAAGAAAGUUGCAAUGCUCCGAGUUUGGAUGCAGAGCAAGUACAGAAAAUUGCAUCCACCAUCUUAACAUCCCACCAUGAACAGCCUAUUUGUGAGCAAUACUCAUUUUUAUACUUUGCUUUGUAUUUAUUUAAUCCAAACUGAUUGUUUGGGUUUUUUUUAUUUUUUACCAAAGGUGUAUGUGUACAACAACAAAACUGAAUGCAAUAAACGUACAAAACAUGUUUUCAAACAA